AUGAGCUGAUUUCAGCACAGCUGUGCUUUUGUUAGGUGUGACAACCCUUAUUCCCAUGUUGAGUGUUAGGGCGUGGGUGCGAGCUCCCCAGCUGCUCCUCUCUUGCCCUGCCAUCCCCCGUGACGUACAAAGGUUAGUUCCCCAUGGUCCGUGAUGGGUCUUGGCAUGUAUUAUCUGAGCAUAAACCUGAAGACGGUCAGUUUAGCUCUAGAAUUACUCUGAGACCUGGGAACAAACUACCUCUUGCUUCUCUGUCUGCAAGGAGGCUGCAGCUGCAUUUCCACGUGUCUCCCUUGAAGGCCACUGUCCUGAGUCUGGGCGCAGCGCUGCCCUGUUCUUCUUUGGGUUGAUGAACACGGCAACUAGCAGCAUCAGGCGGAGGCAGAGGUUACCAGACGUAGCCCCCAGUAAUUGCACUGCAGUUCCGGGAGGCAGAAAGCGUCAAUAACUGCUUACGUCUGGAGGGGGGAAAAGCUGGCAGUCGUGUUUAGUGCCCGCGAGGCAGCUGGAGGCACUAUUGCUUACGAUUGUUGUUGCCGUGCGGAAAAGACGUGGCUUAAAGUGCUGCAUCGAGAAAGUAAUGCUUACGGGUAGCAGAGGUAAACAAUAGAAGAAGGGGAGAUAGAUAUAGACGCGUAUGAGAAUUGCCUUCCUGGUGCAGCUGCUGGUGGUGGCAGCUUUGGCCCUUGCCGGUAAGUUUCGUGAAAUGUUAGAGCUGUUACUUUUGAGACUCGUGGGGAUUUGAGCGUUUGUCUGGGCGCUAAGGUAAUAGCCGCUGAUCUGGAGUGAAUUGGUGCCUUACUACUUGCACACGUUUACCUUGGCAUUGAGCUUGGUACUUUUAGAGCAGAAAAUAGAGGGGAGGAGGGAAGUGUAGUAGCGUAGGUGUGCGCGUGCGUGUGUACAGGCGUGUGCACUGCAGGUCGUGUCCGUGCGUGGUUCGCACAUCCCGAGUGGUUGAUGGGUUGGGAAGCAUGUGAUGCCCUGCAGGCUUUGUAAGGGUUAGCUAAGGCAUUUUCCGUGCUCUGGUUUGAUGCUGCGCUUACCUGAUGAAGGACUAAAAUAAUGCCCCGCUUAGGGACGCAGUCUGUUGGAGCCUUUGAGGGCAAGCAGUGUUUCCUGGGGCAGACAGCAGUGGAUCUCGUGGGGUGGCUGCACCGAACGGAGAUGGACGAAGUUCUGGCAUUCCUCAAACCCUGACAGCGCGAAUGUGGUGGAAUAAGUGCCGGCGCAGGUCCUGAUCCUCAUCUUCUGUCGACCCUCAGCACGUCCAGCGUCCCGUUUUCGGAAGAAAGUGUGUUGGAUUUCAAACCCUUGGGCAGGACAGGAGGAGGCGGCCUUCUCGGAAUGUCCUGAGCUGGAAGAGACGCACAAGGACCGUCAAGUCCAGCUCCCGUCCCUGCACAGGACAAGCCCAAAUUCACACCGUGCCUCUGAGGGCGUUGUCCAAGUGCUGCUUGAAUAUCGCCAGGCUUGGUGCCGUGACGGCCUCCCUGGGGACCCUGUUCCAGGGCUCCACCACCCUCUGGGGGAAGAACCAGUUCUUCUCCUUAACUAUACACUUUAUUGCCCAGUUCUCAGUGGCUUCUGAGUUGCUGUCAUGGACAUGGCGUCCUGGGGUAUAGCGCCUUCUCCAUCAAGGACGUCCCAGGCAGCCACGUUCUCUGUUGACUCGGAAAGCCCGUCUGGAGCAUUCCAGGGACAGGCACCGCUCCCACAGGAACCCCCUUCCAGAGCUGGAUGAGGGAAGCCCGUCCCUACCCAGAGGAUCACGCCCAAAUGCCGCCCUGACCCGAACCUAUGCGUGGAGGUGGAGCUGGUGACGGUCCCUUCCACCUCGGCUCCCUGCUCUGCCACGCAAGGGCCUGCCAAGUGGCGCAGCAAGGCCACAGGAAUUGCAAGGGCGGUCCUCAGCCUGGCUUGGCAUCUGGCAGGUGCCCUUGUCUCCCUGUGGAGACACCUGCUGAGCACACGCGUCUUUGCCAGGCAAAAGAUGGCCCCGCGGAGCAAGAGGUUGCUGAAAGUCUUCUUCCUGUGGCUCCCAGUGGCUCUGGCUGGUGCUUACUGCGCGACCUCGCUGCCGGUGUGGACAACGCAGGCAAAGGGACUGAUAGAGGAGCUGACACGCGUGUCGUCGGCAAACCUGAAGAUGCUGUGGAACUUGCCCGUUUUGGUGGUGGAGGAGACCCAAAAGACACGCCUUCUGCUGGAGGAGGUGGCUCAGCUGAGGGCACAGAUCCGCAGUUUGAAGGAAGCUCAGGAAGUGAACCAGGCAGCGUCCAAGAAGGCUUUGGGUGCCUACGUCGAGAUGUCUGACUGGGCCCUGGAAAGCUCUGGUGCCACCAUUGACACGCAGAGAACUUCCGAGACCUACGACUGCCAAGAGAAUUGGAGCUGCUGGGCUUUACGGUUCUUCCGCGCUGCCAAGCCUCCUGAGACUAUUUUGCAGGCGGAUGUUUCCCCAGGAAACUGCUGGCCUUUCCAAGGGCAUCAGGGCCAGGUGGUCAUCAGGUUGCCAGCACGAGUCCAUCUGACUGCCAUCACUGUGCAGCACAUCUCCAAAGACGUGUCUCCAUCUGGGACCGUCCUCAGCGCCCCCAGAGACGUCGCUGUCUUUGGAGUGGAUGCGGACGGAGAAGAGGAAACUCUCCUUGGGACGUUCACGUACAACGUGGCGAAAGAGGCCAUUCAGACCUUCCCUCUGAAGAACGCGCCGCUUCCCAGAGCCUUUCCGUCUGUCAAACUUCUUGUGGAGAGCAACUGGGGAAACCCAGCGUACACCUGCAUUUAUCGAGUGCAGGUUCAUGGGAAGAUGGCGCAACCAGAGAGCCCCAGGUGAAACCAGAGAGGAAAAAUGUCAAACGUGAGAAAGAAGAAGAAGGGGAGGAAGAACAAAUAAAUCUAAAAGAUGUGGCAAUUGAGAUGGCUGUAGAACUGUAGAAGAUUUGUCUCCAAAGCGGGGUGCUCAAGACGUUCCACACUGCGGGAGGGGAAUUCGGGAGCGUGUGGAAAAUGUUAGAACUUGUAUGCAAUUUUUUUCUUAAAAACGAGGAAGAUGGGAAGCAUUGCCAAGACUGAACCUAGAGAGGGGAGGCCCAGCCUGUCAGCGCUCCUCCCGCCGCCCCCGGAGGCUCCGCAAGCGGCCCCAGCCCAGGGCAGGCCGAAGGGCCCGGCUUCAGUUCACAAGAGGGAGGCUGGCCCCGCCCGCCGGCCCGCGCGGGCUCUGCAGGAGCUCCCCCAGGCGCCCGCCCACCCUCUUCCCGGCUUCUCAGCCAAUGGCGCCCGCCAGGCGGGGACAGGCAGGGCCCCCCGCCAACCACCGCAGCGCCCCUUCUCUGGCCCCGCCCCGCUGCGGCCGCGUGCCAGCGGACGAGCACGUUGCUACGGGCGCGCCCGGAGCGCCAGCCAGGGCCGCGGGUUCGAGUCCCACCGCUGGCUUCGAGGCCCGGCGAGGUCAAGGAAUGAGGCGCUUGCUGGCGUGAAUGCCUCACGUACCAGCCACAGGGCUGCCCGCGCAGGAGGGGAAAGCUGGUUUAAUGGGAAAUUGUAGUGAUAAUUGGGUUUGAAGUACGGGUGCUUGUCAUAGCUCUUUUGGUCAGUUAUUAAGAGAAAAAGAAUUUUGCCAAGGAUGUUUUCUUGUUGGGGGGGUCCGAGUCCCCUGCCCGGUUUGGAAAGGGCUUCGAGUCCCCGAAGUUGACCAGGCGGGUUAGAGUCCCACUGAAUGGGGUUUGAGUCCCCAGUUUGGCCACUUGUCUUGACUGGUCUCUGAAUUUUGGCGUGGUUGUCAGAAUAUGGAUUUAUUUUUGCAUGUUCGGAUCAGAUAGUUGUUUUGGAAGUCACAUUUAAUAUGGGUGGGGAAUUGUCUAAAGACACCGUCUUAAAGAAGUCACCUCUAGGGCGUUGACUGAGGCAUUGGAAGGGGGCUGGGGGUGGGUUCGAUCCCCUCACAAGGAAGCAGUUAACUGAGCAUUGUAAUCAUUGGUCGCCGAUCUAUACUUUGAAAUAUAAUACUAUAAUACUACUAUAUUAAAAUAAUAUGUAUUAUAA